AUGACGGGCAUUCGGCCGAAGGAAGUUGAAGCCUCUAUCCUCCCAACAGUACGCCAGCUUCCCGGAGAGCAAGGCGCGGUGAACUCCGACCAGGAUAUAUUCUAUGAGUUGUCCGCCAGUAUCCCCAGCCUGCAGCGUCUUUCCAGCAGUGCUAGGGCGGCUACUCAAGCCGAGCAGCGGCUCUCCUUUCUCGAGGGGUGCCGCCUCUACCCCAAGGCAAUGAUGUGGUCUAUUGUGCUCUCCACCACAAUCGUAAUGGCAGCAUACGACACCGCACUAAUCGCCAGUUUCUUUACAUUCCCGGCCUUCAGGGCAAAAUAUGGAGCGCCUGUCCCGUCAAAACCCGGUACGCAUGAGAUCUCGUCCACGUGGCAGGCCAGCCUGACAGCCGGGGCUGUGGUCGGCGAGAUUCUCGGCCUGCUCGUCAACGGGUACCUGGCCGAUUACUUUGGCUACCGUCGCACAAUCCUUGGCGCCUUGGCUGUGCUCUCUGUCUUUAUAUUCCUCGAGUUCUUCGCUGUGAGAAUCCCCUGGGGCAUCUUCCAGACUCUGUCCACGACAUAUGCUGCCGAUGUCAUCCCGGUCGCGCUCCGGGCGUACUUUCUGAGCAGUGUCAACAUGUGCUGGCUACUCGGCCAGCUUUCAGCCGUAGGCGUCGCUCGGCUUCUGGUAACCAGCAAAUCUGAAUGGGCAUAUCGCGGGCCGUUUGCCAUUCAGUGGGUGCUGGCUGUCCUCGUUUUUAUUGGUGUCUAUUUUGCUCCCGAAUCACCAUGGUGGUUGAUCCGCAAAGAACGGCCUCACGAAGCCAGAAAAGUGUUGCUUCAACUAACGGAGUCACGGCACGGCGGCGUCAAUGUGGACGGCACAGUCUCCAUGAUGCAGCAUACAAACGAGGCCGAGAAAUUCCUGGGCACGAGCCGAAUGGCCUACCUCGACUGCUUUCGAGGCAUCGACCUCCGACGCACGGAAAUCACAUGCAUGAUCUGGAUCACGCAACAGGCGUCCUUCUCCAGCUCCGCAACGUAUGCGGCGUAUUUCUACGAGCAAGCCGGCCUUGCUUCACAAGAUGCUCUCUCACUCGCCGUCGGCAUGUACGGGCUCGCAAUUGUCGGGGGUGUCUUAUCCUGGUUUCUGAUGAAGCGAGUCGGUCGUCGACGGCUUUACCUCCUUGGCCUCGCCACGUCUAUGACACUUCUUGCCAUCACUGGUGGGAUCAGCUUCAUGCCACAGACGAACGCGCAGGCGUGGACCGUGGGAUCUAUGAUCCUGGUCUUGACAUUCGUAUAUGAUCUCAGCAUUGGCCCUCUCUGCUAUGUCCUCAUUGCAGAGAUCCCUUCGACGCGGCUUCGCGUCAAGACCGUCGUGCUAGCGCGUAUUGCUUAUAAUGUGGCGGCCCUCGUCACGAACAUCAUCACUCCAAGAAUGCUCAAUCCCACCGCCUGGAACUGGAAGGGAAAAUCGUGCUUUUUCUUCUUGGGGUUUAGUGCGAUCUGUUUCGUUUGGUGCUAUUGGCGGCUUCCCGAGACGUUUGGACUGAGUUAUCUGGAGAUCGAUAUCCUGUUCGAGAAAAGGGCAAAGACGAGCAAGUUCAGAGAGCUCCAGAGACGCCUUAUGACGAGGGGGUAUUUUAAUACAUUCAGCGAGCCGGGGGAUGAAGCGGUUUGGUGA